CUGAGAAACGAAUCAAACUCGGAAUGUACCUAUGAUUUUUUUCUAAUAGAAAUAGAGAAGGAAUAAGCAAAUAGUCACAUAUUAACAAUCAUACUUAAAAGUAUUUCUGAUAACAGCAGUUAAAGUUAUAUCGUUCACCCAGUGCCAGGGCGCUUGACCUUGAUAUUAGAGUAAGUGCAAAUACCCGAAGCGUUGCAAUAAUUGCCCAAUACAGCUACGACAAAACCAGAGCUACAGUAUCUAUAAAACGUAGUCGUGGCAGUGACACGUAGCAUAUCUCAUCUCGAUCCGCCGACGAAUACAACUAUCAUGAGGACCGCGCUCCUGCUGAGCUGUGCGGCGCUGGCGCUGGUGGCGCUGGCGCAGGCGCGAGACCUGCGCGAGAAGCGCGACUCCGACUUGGAGGCCGCCGCCACCGGACAUCACCACGAGAAGGGAGGCGGCAAGGAGCACCAUAGCCACCACCACCACGAACACGGUGGCAAAGGACACAAAGGAUACAAGGGUCAUCACCACCAUGAGCAUGGCAAGAAGGGUCACCACCACCACGAGGGACACAAGGGACACCACGACGAGAAAGGUGGACACAAAAAGCACCAUCACCACGAUGAAGGCCAUCACCACGAACAUCAUCACGGUGAAAAGGGUGAAAAAGGACACGGCUUUGAAGAAAAGGGACACUUCCAUAAAGGUCAUUCCACUAAGGGGCAUCAUGGUGUCCAUAAGCUAGACGAAUUCAAGAAAAACAAACACUUCCACCACAAGCACGGUGAAAGUGGGUUCGAAGAAGGUCAUGGCGGCCACCACCAUGAGCAUGGACACAAGAAGGGCGGUCACUUCCACAAGGGACACAAACAUGGCGGACACCACGAACACCACCACGGCAAGAAGGGUCAUCAUGAGAAGGGAGGCCACCACCAUGAACACAAGGGCCACCACGAUGAGGGUAGUCACCACGAGCACCACCACCACCACCAUGACCAUGGCAAGAAGGGCGAACAUGAAGACCACAAGCACUGGGGCUUCAAGAAAGGGCAUUAAAAAUUUGACCUCAAAUUUUCUGAUGUUCCUACCUGUAUACUUGUAAAUAGAUGUUACGUUUUGUUAUAUUUUUGUUACAAACACGAUGUAAAUAAACACUAUUUUAUUUCA